AUGUUUUAGCUUCUCGAUUUUCCCUCGAUUCGGGAAUCUUUUCAAUUUUGAAAACGGAACACGGAACAGAGAGAGGAGGACGUUCUCUUGUUAAUUGCCUUCAUCUGUCGGCUGUUAGGUUUCCAGGGCUUUUUUUGGACACGCGCACGCCGCACUUUUACAAAUGUCUCGUUCGUUUUAAACGUCAUAGCAUAUCCAUUUAUAUACAAUAUAUAUAUUUUUACUGAAUUUUUUACGCCACAGUACGAGAACGAAGGAGCAGCGAGUUCUGUCGUUAUUAUGCCGAUCUCGCGUAUUUGAACCCUUUGAACGUGAUUGCGUAAUAUGCGAAGAGGCUGUGCGCGUUAUGACGAUAGGCAACUCGAUACCUCUAUAACCGCCGAGGACGAUUCGUGUUUCUCGUCGGAACUCGACCUUCUAAAUCCGAGAGUAACACGGUCUUAUCGAAGACCGCGACUCACACGUCCAACAUUGAGAAACAAGAUUGCGAAUGAUCGGUUGAAUCCUCUCGAACCGCCGUCGAGGUCGUCGCAUUGCUGUCAGCGGCGGUCGUUUGUUGGCAGAAAGAUUGCAGCGAAAUUACUUACCGAAGAGCCCGACAAGAUCGCUCCGUCAGGACACGCCGUCAACAUCAUCGGCUCUUCCGCGUCCGUUUACGACCGUUUGAGGAAAUACGAGUCACAAGUGACUUUCGAAGAGAGGCACUCGGUCGACAGCGACGAGGGGUUCGGGCGUGAACUCAGCGGGAAGCUUUGGCGCCUAAUGUAUUGUGGUGACAACAGGAAGGAGAGCAGCACACCGCGGAUCGUAAGGGUGAUUCGACAGAACAGCAGGAAACGCGAUCUCAAAGUAGGUCGAUCGGCAGCAUCCGAUCGGCCGCGAGAGGACAAUAGCAAGAGCAGCGUCGUCGUGCUCUAUCACGGAAGAUCCAGCACACCUCCGUCGUCCACCUCGAAACUGCCUUUGCGGCUUUCCAAGUCGGAUCAGACGAUAGCAGCGGUAAAGUCGGACGUCUUGCAGCCGGAAACCACGAGCUCCGCGUCACCCGACAAGACAAGGCUGGUGGAAACUCCGGAAAGUCAGUCGCCAAGAUAUCCGCUACCUCGGCGGAAGUUCACCUCUCGACGAUACCGUCGUCCGUCGAAGCAGCAGCAUUCUCUGCACGUAAACAUCUAUCACGAGAACCAAGUGGAACGGCUUGUAUCGGCGCUACAGCAUCCCUGGAUUGUGCCUGAGAGACAAAUAGGAGAAGGCUUCAAAGAAUUGGACUACGCAGCCAAGUCUUUCGGAAUUCCUAUCAAGCGUGAAGAAAAGACGACUGAAAACGCGCCUGGGAAAAGCAGGAGAAAGCGUAUCGAAGAGAAACAAGUUGGGAAGAAACAAUGCUCGCCGGUUGAUGAAGCUAUUGCUUCAAAAUCUAUGGAUUAUCGUCCAAGACAAGCGGAAGCAGACGACGCGAGAGGCCAAAAGCAAGCAGUACCUUGCUCGAACCUGAGCUCCUUGGCACAACGGACGCAAACGCGUCCCAAGGGAGCGAAUCCGACGUGUAUCAGCGUGAACGAGACUAACGAGGCGAGUCGUGUAUUUCCUUUUCGAGCUACACCCAGCGGUAAUCUCAAGAUUAUCCCGAAUCAGGUGGUGUUCGAGUCGAAGAAAUUCAGCGUUCUGGUUGCCGAUCCACGACGCACCAGAGUCAACGUCAAGGCGGAGCUCAGUCGAUCUGCUGCUAUCGACACUGCUGGCACGCUUGUUCCUGACUCUUCGAAUCGGCCGAGAUACGUCGAUCUUCCGCUUGGCGUUACGCCAUCCGCGAUCGAUCAAUUGCAGGCGCAGAAAAAGUUACCCUACAUCGAAGCGAAUUACAAGUCACGAAUUCAGCCGAGUACAAAGUUCACUGCGUCAGAAAUGGCAGAGAAGCAGCCGGCUGCUCAACCAAUGUCUCACCAAGUACCAGCGAUGAAUGAAAUACCGCUCGCCUCAUUGGGUUUUACAAACGAGCAACCGAUCAAUUGGGAAGAUAUAAUCCUGCCGGAGAAGACCGAUUUGUAUCAGGAAUUGGCUAAGCGUAUCACAAAUUAUAAGAAUGCCGAUUGCAUUGUUCGAAUCGAUCACGACGAGUUUUGCUGUCAUUUGCUCGUUUUGCAAAGUUACAGCACGUUUUUUGACGAGAAGAAUUGCAAGGAUAUUGAUUUAUCUGGCAGCAACGUGACUUCCAAGGCCUUCUCUAUCAUUUACGACUGGAUGAUCAGUCCAACUAGCGAAAGUUAUCAGUUGUUACGAAGAGAUAAUAUCCUGGAGAUCUUCAUGGCGGCGCAGUACCUUGGCAUCAAAGAACUGGAAGAACAAUGCUGGGCAUUCAUCGACAACGACGAGCUCUUCUCCGAGGAUACCGCUUUCCUGCUGUAUCUGGAAGCGAAGAAGAUCGGGAACACUGCUGUGAUGGAGCUAAUGGUGCCGAGAAUCAUGAAGUUUUUCUUGAUGCUCGUCAGCACCAAGGACUUUUUAGAACUAUCGGUGGAUGAACUAUGCUUGCUGUUAAAGUCCAAUUACAUUUGUGUCAACAGCGAGAUGGAAGUCUUAAUGUCCGCCGUGAGGUGGUUGAUGCACGAUUGGAAUGGACGAAAGCAACACAUGUUGGAAGUGCUCAGGUGUGUUCGAUUCGGGCUUAUAGCUCCGUGGCAAUUAAUAGAUGUCAAAAGGAAUCCCGAAAAUCCAGAAUUUAUGGAACUAAUGUCUUAUCCCGAAGUGCAAAAGAUGGUGGACGACGGACUAGCCUUUGUCAUUAUAAAGUAUUGGUAUGGCAAUCAAACGGAAGAUUAUUACCACUGGAUCGACGUGCUCGGACUCAACGAACCUACCAAUCGCAAUUGGGCCGGAGAGGACAAAAAUUAUGUUACGUAUCGCGAGUUCCUGCUGUACCUCGAAGACUAUCAAAAGACAAAGGUUACGGAGUUGAAAACUCGGAAGAAACCCACACCACCGAGUUCUCCUCCCAAAGAUUAUUCGCCCUUGUCGCCGGGAAGAAUGCACACAGAUUGCGGCCAAAAUCAUUGCUGCAUAGAGUCGCGUCUCUUAGAACGGUAUAGCACGACGCAAGGCAGAGGAUCGAAAAAGUAUAUAUCGAGGGUCGCUACAUCGUCAGGCACAUUGAUUUCGCCUGAAAUCUUGACCGAAUGUCUCAGCAAUAUGGGUAGAAACAAUAAUGUAAGGGCGAACAAGGUGCAAUGCGAUGGGAAUAGGAACGGCAACUCUAACGUCCACGAGACAAGAUUUCACGGAGCGGGUGAAUCACCACGGAGGUCUUUGGACUUUUUCAAGAGACAUACGUGCGACAAUCAUCAGAAUUGUGAAAAUCAGCAAGGGAGAAAGCAAGUUUCGGAUGUCUACAGUCGCAAGCCAUGGGAACAUAAUGCGAUGUUUCCUACGAAAAAGCAGCAGAAAGCGGCGAAGAAAUCGCGAUACUCGGAAAAUCGUGAUUCGGUCAAGUCCGAAGAAGAGGCUGCUACUAUGAUACAGGCUACAUACAGAGGAUAUAAAGUUAGAAGAAAGUUUGACGAGAUUAAGAAGUCAUCCUCGGAGGAGAAGCAGAAUGCUCAGAAAGUGGCAGAGUUAUUGUCUGCGACGACUAGCCGGUGCGGCAGGUUUUUUCAGAAACGCUCUACUAAACCCAGCCAAAGUGUCCAAUAACGUCGCGAAUUAAAGCAGAAGUACGUAUCUGAAGAACACGAGUGUUAAUCCCAAUAUGUAACAGCUGUUUAGUAAUAAAUAUAUUUUAUAAAAAAGAAUUUUUCAGCAAAUAUGAGUGUAUCUCUCUGCGCAAGCACGCUAAUGUAAUAACUCACUCAAGUGUGACGAUAUAUUCUUUAUUUUUCUAUGUAAAUAACUUAUCGAGUAGUAAUACAGAUGUUGUUUGCCUGCCUCUCGUCGCGAAAGAGUGUGUAAUUGCGCGACGGUAAUAGCAACUCGUGUGAACAAUUCA